UUAUUCAGGGGAGGGAGAGGAGGGAAGGGAGGAAGAAGAGGAGAAGGAAAGGGAGAGAGAGAGAGAGAAAAGGAACCUAAGGGAAAUUCUCUUUGGCCAACACAUGCCUCGAGAGCCGUCCUUGCGAGCGGAAAGGAACAGCCGUGCAGAUGGUUUUUCUAUUUUGAAAAGAGCACAGCGCAACCCCCCCCAACGAUCAAACACCAGGAUCUUCAUAGUUUGGGCCUUGCUCAAGGAAAAGGAAACCCCCCCAAAACAAUACAGGAGCUGUGAAGCUUUGCAUUUCAAGUAGCUCCUGAGCUCCAUGACAGUGUCUGGAUUUCAGCUCCAUUGGGAAUCUCCUCCUGAUCUGUUGCAUGGCGAGCAGACCAUGAUCUGAUGAGAGGAUCAGCCUUGGGAAGACUGGAUUGUAAUCCGGCAAUUGCUUGCAGUGAAAGGUGAGGGAGAAUCCUGGGGAACUACAGCUAUCAGGUACCAUGACUUCGACGUGCGCUUGGAUACCGAUUCCUCCAUGUGUGCUGGGAUAUUGAUCGAGUCUCAGUGGGCCUGUGGAUCUUUGGAGAAGGUUUUCUGGGUGGCUUGUUGGCCUUCUCCUCCCUGAACAUCGCCCCAUCUUCUUUCCAACUUGGUGACAUGGGUGUUUGAUGGUAAACAUUUCUGCUGACUCAUCCAUCCUUAGACAUCUCCUUCGAAAGCCAAGCAGAUGACCGAAUAGCAUCUACCAGUGCCUUUUAUUUCUACCGUCAUUUUUUUACAGCCCCGUCAAAGUUGCGCAUUUGCUUGUGCUUGAAAAUAUUCUCUUUCAUUCAUUUUGCUUUUUGCUUUUGCUUUUUCUUCUUCUUCUUUUUUUGAAGGGAGAAGGGAUUUACAUAUUGGGUGCGCCUCCCCUGAGCCUCUCCUACUGGGAGAGGCCACUCCACUAUUCCUCCCCAGAACAUUAGGAAAGCAAGAGUUAACUUAUCUAGUGUGAGGGGUUCCUGGAAAGAUUUUACCCUGUCUGCUUCAACCCCCCCACCACCACUCCCCCCUCCUCUCCCCCCUCUCCCCCACCCCACCCCACGAAGAAUGGGGCCUGUGCUCCUCAGGCGUGGAGGUUGCCUCCUAUUAUGGAUGGCCCUCCUCCUGGGAUGUUGGGCCGAGCUUGGCAGCAGCCUGGAAUUCCCAGGAGCAGAGGGCCAGUGGACUCGUUUCCCUAAAUGGAAUGCCUGCUGCGAGAGUGAAAUGAGCUUCAACAUGAAGACCCGCAGUUCCAGUGGCCUGGUCCUUUACUUCGACGACGAGGGCUUCUGUGACUUCUUGGAGUUAAUCCUGACGCAAGGCGGGAGGCUCCAGCUCAGCUUCUCCAUCUUCUGUGCCGAACCCGCCAUCUUGCUCUCCGACAUGGCUGUUAACGACAACCUGUGGCACACAGUGGUUGUCCGCCGCAAUUUUAAGAACACGACGCUACUAAUUGACCAGACUGAGGCUAAGUGGGUGGAAGUGAAGUCCAAGCGACGGGACAUGACUGUCUUCAGCGGCCUCUUUCUCGGAGGGUUGCCUCCUGAGCUGCGUUCAGCUACUCUAAAAGUAACACUCUCCUCGGUGAAGGACCGGGAGCCCUUCAAGGGAUGGAUAACAGAUGUAAGGGUCAACUACACACAGUCUUCGCCUGUGGAGAGUCAAGAAGUGCGGCUGGAUGACGAACAGAGCCACCUGUGCGCCAGGGAUGACGUCUGCCUCAAUGGAGGCGUCUGCUCUGUGCUCAAUGACCAGGCUGUGUGUGAUUGUUCCCAAACUGGCUUCCGCGGGAAGGACUGCAGCGAAGAAGACAACUAUGUGGAAGGUCUGGCGCACUUGAUGAUGGGCGACCAAGGUAAAAGUAAAGAAAUUGCUGCUUUUUUUGCAAAGACUGAAUCCAGAUCCUAUCCAGGAAAAGAAGAAUACAUCGCGACAUUCAAAGGGUCAGAGUAUUUCUGCUACGACUUGUCCCAGAAUCCUAUCCAGAGCAGCAGUGAUGAAAUAACUCUGUCCUUUAAAACCCUUCAGAGGAAUGGACUGAUGCUUCACACUGGAAAAUCGGCCGAUUAUGUCAACCUUGCCCUGAAAAACGGAGCGGUCUCCUUGGUUAUUAAUUUGGGCUCAGGGGCCUUUGAAGCGCUAGUGGAACCUGUGAAUGGGAAAUUUAAUGACAAUGCCUGGCAUGAUGUCAAAGUAACCAGAAAUCUGCGUCAGCACUCAGGCAUUGGACACGCUAUGGUGACAAUAUCAGUGGAUGGAAUUCUGACCACGACGGGCUACACACAAGAAGACUACACCAUGUUGGGCUCCGAUGACUUUUUCUAUGUUGGAGGCAGUCCUAGCACAGCAGACUUGCCUGGGUCACCAGUCAGUAACAACUUCAUGGGCUGUCUCAAAGAGGUUGUAUACAAAAACAACGAUGUAAGGCUGGAACUGUCUCGACUUGCCAAACAAGGAGAUCCUAAGAUGAAGAUCCACGGUGUGGUAGCAUUUAAAUGUGAAAAUGUGGCAACCUUGGAUCCAAUCACUUUUGAAACACCAGAAUCUUUUAUCUCUUUGCCAAAGUGGAACGCCAAGAAAACGGGCUCGAUAUCGUUUGAUUUCCGCACCACCGAGCCGAAUGGGCUGAUACUUUUUAGCCACGGCAAACCGCGGCAUCAGAAAGAUGCUAAACACCCACAAAUGGUCAAAGUUGACUUCUUUGCCAUUGAGAUGCUUGAUGGCCACCUCUACCUGCUGCUGGACAUGGGUUCUGGUACGAUUAAAACAAAAGCUUUGCAAAAGAAGGUGAAUGACGGUGAAUGGUACCACGUUGACUUUCAAAGAGACGGACGAUCUGGUACCAUUUCCGUCAACACUAUGCGCACGCCAUAUACUGCACCUGGAGAGAGUGAGAUCUUGGACCUAGACGACGACUUGUACCUUGGAGGUUUGCCGGAAAACAAAGCAGGCCUCGUCUUUCCAACAGAGGUCUGGACAGCGCUUCUCAAUUACGGUUAUGUGGGCUGCAUUCGGGACCUGUUUAUCGAUGGCCAAAGCAAAGACAUCCGCCAAAUGGCAGAAAUCCAGAGCACCUCUGGGGUGAAACCCUCGUGUUCGAGAGAAACAGCAAAGCCGUGCUUGAGUAAUCCCUGCAGGAACAGUGGAGCUUGCAGGGACGGCUGGAAUAGAUACGUCUGCGAUUGUUCCGGUACAGGCUAUCUGGGCAGAUCGUGUGAGAGAGAGGCAACCGUUUUAAGCUACGACGGAAGCAUGUUUAUGAAAAUACAACUCCCCGUGGUGAUGCACACUGAGGCAGAAGACGUGUCCUUGCGGUUCAGGUCUCAGCGAGCUUAUGGCAUUCUAAUGGCCACCACUUCGAGGGAAUCUGCUGACACGCUGCGUUUGGAACUGGAUGCAGGACGAGUUAAGCUAACAGUCAACCUAGACUGUAUCAGGAUUAACUGUAAUUCCAGCAAAGGUCCAGAAACCCUUUUUGCUGGCUAUAACCUCAAUGACAAUGAAUGGCACACAGUACGUGUAGUUCGAAGAGGAAAAAGUUUAAAGUUAAUGGUGGAUGAUCAACAAGCCAUGACAGGUCAAAUGGCUGGAGAUCACACAAGACUCGAAUUCCACAACAUAGAGACGGGGAUCAUAACAGAGCGCCGCUACUUGUCCUCAGUCCCCUCCAACUUCAUUGGCCACCUGCAAAGCCUCACCUUUAACGGCAUGGCGUACAUUGACUUGUGUAAAAACGGGGACAUUGAUUACUGUGAGCUCAAUGCCCGCUUUGGCUUCAGGAACAUCAUCGCAGACCCGGUCACCUUUAAGACAAAAGCCAGCUAUGUUGCCCUGGCCACAUUGCAAGCUUAUACCUCUAUGCACCUGUUUUUCCAGUUCAAAACAACGUCGUUGGAUGGGUUAAUACUCUACAACAGCGGAGAUGGAAAUGACUUUAUCGUGGUUGAGUUAGUGAAAGGGUAUUUACAUUACGUGUUUGAUCUGGGAAACGGUGCAAAUCUUAUCAAGGGAAGUUCCAAUAAACCCCUGAAUGACAAUCAGUGGCACAAUGUGAUGAUAUCGCGGGACACCAAUAACCUCCACACAGUGAAGAUUGACACAAAAAUCACAACGCAGAGCACAGCAGGAGCAAGAAACCUCGAUCUCAAAAGUGACUUGUACAUCGGUGGGGUAGCAAAAGAAACCUACAAAUCCUUGCCCAAGCUGGUCCAUGCGAAAGAAGGGUUUCAAGGCUGCCUGGCCUCUGUGGAUCUGAACGGGCGCCUCCCAGAUUUGAUCUCGGAUGCUCUGUUUUGCAACGGGCAGAUAGAACGCGGAUGCGAAGGCCCCAGCACGACAUGUCAAGAGGACUCGUGUGCAAACCAAGGAGUCUGCUUGCAGCAAUGGGAUGGGUUCAGCUGUGACUGUAGCAUGACCUCUUUCAGUGGAACGCUGUGUAAUGACCCGGGAACGACAUACAUAUUUAGCAAAGGGGGUGGACAGAUCACAUAUACGUGGCCUCCCAAUGACCGGCCCAGCACGCGAGCAGAUAGACUGGCGAUAGGGUUCAGUACAGUUCAGAAAGAAGCCGUCUUGGUGCGAGUGGAUAGCUCUACUGGGCUCGGAGAUUAUCUAGAGCUACACAUCCACCAAGGAAAAAUUGGAGUUAAAUUUAAUGUUGGAACAGAUGAUAUCGCAAUUGAAGAGGUCAACGCAAUCAUUAAUGAUGGGAAAUAUCACGUAGUACGUUUCACAAGAAGUGGUGGUAAUGCCACAUUACAGGUGGACAACUGGCCAGUUAUAGAACGCUACCCAGCAGGAAACAAUGAUAACGAGCGCCUGGCGAUUGCUAGACAGCGAAUUCCAUAUCGGCUUGGUCGAGUAGUUGAUGAAUGGCUACUCGACAAAGGGCGUCAGCUCACAAUCUUCAAUAGCCAAGCGACAAUAAAAAUUGGAGGCAAGGAGCGGGGCCACCCAUUUCAGGGGCAGCUUUCUGGACUCUACUACAACGGCUUGAAAGUCCUCAACAUGGCCGCUGAGAGCGACACCAACAUAGUGAUAGAAGGGAAUGUGAGACUCGUUGGUGAAGUGCCUUCCUCUAUGACAACUGAGUCAACCGCAACUGCAAUGCAGUCUGAGAUGUCCACGUCAGUCAUGGAAACCACCACCACCCUGGCGACAAGCACAGCUAGAAGAGGAAAGCCACCAACAAAAGAGCCCAUUGGUCAGACCACGGAUGACAUCCUGGUGGCCUCAGCCGAAUGUCCCAGCGACGAUGAGGACAUUGAUCCCUGUGAGCCGAGCUCAGGUGGGUUAGCGAGUCCCACCAAGCCUGGGCGAGGAGGAUACCCGAGUACAGAUGAAGUGGUCCGGGAAUCCAGCAGCACUACUGGCAUGGUGGUUGGGAUUGUGGCGGCAGCUGCUCUGUGCAUCCUCAUCCUCCUCUAUGCCAUGUACAAGUACAGGAACCGGGAUGAGGGCUCCUAUCAUGUCGACGAGAGUCGAAACUACAUCAGUAACUCAGCACAGUCCAACGGGGCUGUGAUUAAAGAGAAGCAGCCCAACAGCUCAAAGAGCUCCAACAAAAAUAAGAAAAACAAGGAUAAGGAGUACUACGUCUGAUCCCAACAGCUGAGGAGAAAGAACAAUUGUAUAGGAAUAGUCUUCAUUUUAUCUGAGACAUAAAAAAAACAAAAAACCGAAAACUUAUUUACUUUACUUUUUAUGAAGCACAUACAAAGUUUAAAAAAAAACGGGAAAAAAGAACACAGGGAAUGCAAUCAGAAAGGAAAGACUUUUUAAAAAAAUAUAAAAAAGAACCAAGGGAAGGAAACAAAAUGAAAUAAGCAUUUCAUAACUCUUGUUUCACUGAAACAGGAGUCAAUAAAUCCCCUUACAUUCACAGUGUUUUCAUUUACUCUGCCGUCUUUUCGUUGCUGGAAUGUUUCUGAAGAUGAUGUUGGUACCACCACACACUCAUAAGGCAAGGAGUAUUACUGCAAAAACAUCACCCAGCACACCACAAAAUAUAAUGAACUGAAACAAACAAACAAACAAAAGUUGAAAUCUCUCUCUCUCACACACACACACACACACACAACACACAAAAAGAAGCUACCUAUCAGUCUGGAUUUAGCCAAAGUGCUAGCGCUUUUCUAAGGAGUAAGUUAGUCUUAUUGCCUGAGAAGACUUUUGCGGUUCUACACGAGCACUCGAUGAGCAAAACGAAACCUCGAAACUGAAUUUUGCCACCCAGAGCAACAAAGCAACGACUGGAGCUUUGGUUUGAAGCGAAGCGCUGGCUUUUCUGAAUAAACCACAUUUUAAAAAAAAGAAGAAGAAAACACUUUAAAGAGGGGGGGAAAGCCCCUUUCUGGUUGUGAGGAAAACAGUAUAGCGGCCUUAUUUUCGAAAAAAAAAACAAUAAACAAACAAAAGAAGUGAAAUAUAAGGCUUAUUUUCACACACCACUAACAAACAAACCUGAGGGCAUAGAUGCAAUCAUUGGGGGGAAAUUCAUGCACGCUUAAUAUGUUAUUACAUAUGUUUAUAUUUAAAAAAACACAUCUAUAUGUGCUUUCUGGACUGUGAUAAGUGAUGUUUUCUAGCCUGUUGUAUAGAAAAUGCAAACUAUAUCUGCUCUUCAACCAUUUUUGGUAAACUCAAUGUUCUAAGUGUUGCUAGGUAUAGAACGUUUUAAGACAUCUGGAGCAACCAACAUUUCUGUUUACUUUUGCAGCCAUGAGAAACUGCCACGAUUUUUCUUACCCUCCUGAUUCAUUCUUUCUUUCUUUCUUUCUUUCUUUCUUUCUUUCUUUCUUUCUUUCUUUCUUUCUUUCUUUCUUUCUGUUUGCUUUUGGUUUUCACCUACAGUGUAGUGAAUAUACUACGAGGGAAAGUGUAUGAAUGUAUAUAAGAGUCAGCUAAUUUUCUUCUUAACCUGUACAGUCUUUCUCUCUCUCUCUCUCUCUCUCUUUUUCUGUUGCAGUUCAGUUUUUCGUAGUUUGUAUGAAAGAAGUGGAUUUAGAAAGCAAAUAUAUAUAGAUAUAAACAUUUUCUUCUCCAAUUGCCUAUCCACUCCCAGGAUACAUCAGCGAAACCAAUCAGAAAUCAUGUGAAUUUGCCCCGCCCCAAAUUAUGCGCCACACAAGUCCUGGCGAUUGAAGUGACCUUUGCACUCCAGUUCAAAUGACAUCAUUGGCCAGUAUGUUUGGCUGUUCCCGCAGGUAGUGAAGGUUGAAUUCUGCAGAAUACUUGGUCCAAAUCUCUUUUCCCAUUAUAUGGCAUUUGCCCGGCUUUUGGUAUAUAACCACUACAGUGUUGAAUGGUCGGAGAAUUCAGAAGUCUGCCUUUAAAUUAGCUCCUCAGCUCCUUUCACUCAGACUUUCCUAAGUUAUGGAAAGCAAAAACGGUUAAAAACUGCAUGCAAAACAAGAUUCCAAGUUGCAUAUUUUUUGUCAAACGAAGGAGUUGUUCUUUUAUUUUACCACUUCUGUUUUGUUACCGUAAAACCUUUAUCCCCAUCUUUCAUCUGAGCUGGAUCUUAAAACGAAAUUUCCUCUUCUACUAAGCUCAGCCGGUUCAUUGGUUUGGUAAUAAACAUACUUUCAGUUUCUCUGCAUUGAUAUGCGUGGAAACAUUUAAUGCCUUUUGGUUAAAGAUCUAUGCCAUAGAUCUGCAUUCCCCCAACCCCCCCUUGGUUUCAUUUCAUUAAAACGACUGCUCUGUUGGGUUCCCAACAAUAAGUCAUUGUGUAACAUCUCACUUAGUGAGAGAGAUACAAGAGGAAUAUAUUAGGCCGAAAGACAUGAGCUCAGUAGAGAAUCAGCUGUAUCUUGGAAGGCCUCCUGUGAUGAGUACGAUUGUUCGCACUUUACAGACAGGAAGAAGGAAUUUAAAAUUAGCUUUAACCAGCAAGGCACCUUAUCUUCUUGUACGCUGCUCACUGCCACUGGGGAGAAACACUGGGAAAUGGAGGAGCUUUCAGUCUUCAACACAGCAAUACUGUCAGAAAAGGGGGGAAAAUCACGGUAUUGCCGCUCUUAAAAGUUGCCAAAUGAUUUGAUUCAUGCUGUAUAUGUCAAGGACUUUUCCUUUUUUUGGUGAUGCUUGUGAAUUUCUGAAGGCAUUCGAGUUAACAUAAGGAAAAAAAUAGUUGGUCCAAUCACCCUCCCUCAUGUGCUACCAUUGUGAAUUACCUUUGCUGAGGGCAGGACAAGGAAUGAGGACAGCCACGAACCGUUGGGGAAAUCUGGUGUUGGUAUCCAAAGUUAAACAAGCCAAAAAAUAAGUGAAUAAAUGAGUGUUGGAUUUCCGUGGCAGUAAGGCCACAUGGAAGGGGAUAGAGAUUCUAAGCUUGGGCUUUUCCACCAGUGCUGAAUGGCGAGGUGCUUUUGUGACUUCAUGUAUUGACUCUGUUAACUCACCUAACUUUGUCAGAUUGUUGGUCUCUCACCCCCAAGCAAUUAACACAGUUACUUUAAGUAAUAAGUGAUAGGGGAUUGCUAUUUCUAGCAAAGGUGAUUUGAAGCUGUUUUCUGGGGAGUUACUCCUGUUCUUCCUUGUUGAUUUUGUGAUUUUUUUUUAAAUAACGAACAAAAGAAGUGUUUGCAUUUAUCAAAUGUUGCAGUAGCUAUAUUAAAACAAUUUUCUCUUUUCAAAAUGCAUAACAAAUACAUUAAUCCCAUCUCUAUAAUAAUCUAAUUUGUUUGACUAAGGCUGCAGUCUUAUGCACACUUAACGGGGAGUGAAGUCCCAUUGAUAUUGAUGGACCUUCUCCUGAGUAAAGAUGCCUAGGAUUGUGCUGUGAUGAGAUGGCUUCGGGUUGUUUUUUUUAUUACUGUAUUGUGUUGCCUUUUUUUAACAAUACACUAAAAUAAUGUGUGAAAUUAUUCAUUCCCAAGAUAUCAAAAAGAGGUCGGAAGCCCUUAACCUUAUAGUGCUUUCUGUGAUAGAUAUUUACAAUUUUUUUUAUUUGUUGCAAGGCCAAUUUAUCCAUUAUUGGAAAUGCUAAGCAAGUGGAAUUUACCGUUUUGUUAAUAAAAUGUUUCUUAAUACA